CUAAAAAAGAACCGGUAUUUUUGAAAAGAGUUUCUUAAGUUCCCCGAAGGUUGUGUAUUUUGUUAGUUAAAUUAUUUACGUUAAUGGAUCUUUUACCAGAUGAAGAACGUAAAAUUAAAAAGCGUCAAGGUGUGAGUCUACAACGACCAGUUCUUUGAUACAUUUUAUAAGUCAGUGCGUAAUAAAUAUUUUGACUAACCUCGAGCACAAAAGAAAGUUUUACAAUGAAUAAGUCAAAAGUCAUCGAGGACCCAACCAAACCUCAUGGAUUCAAGAGAGCACUGCAACCAGACAAAAUUAUAGGGGCAACGGAUUCAAGCGGGGAACUAAUGUUUCUUAUGAAGUGGAAAGGAACGGAAGAAACAGAUCUGGUUACGGCUAAAGAGGCAAACGUUCUUUGUCCUCAAAUAGUAAUUCAAUUUUAUGAAGAGAGACUCACUUGGCAUACCACAAAGCCUCAUCCAAAAUGAAGCUCACCUGUAAUUUAUUAUUUAGAUAAAUUUGAUACAUAUUCUUAACGAAAACGAACAGAUAUUACUUACAAAAUAAUCUUCCGUGUUGCUUAGUAAUGGUUAAAAUUGCUAGCAUUACAGUUAAGAUCUGAGACUGCAUAAAAUAGAUGCCAAUAUGGAAUGUUCUUCUUUGGGACAUCACCAACACGCAAAUGGUUCUCAUUGAAUAUUUGUACAUAUUCUGUGACAUCAAAUGAAUGUUAAAUUUGAAUCAUAACGAUGCAAGAUUUAGUAUUUCCGAUAUUUUUAUGUUUGAAGUUAAGCAUUAGCUAUCGUGACACUAGUCAAGAUCUCAUAAAAAAUUAAUACAAACUAUGUAAUGUAAAUGGGUACAUUAAAAUGCAAGAGUUCGUUUAAGGUGAAAA